AUAAGUGAGUUUUAACAGAACAAUAAAUAAAUAUUUCGUAUUAGUAAUAGUUUAGAGUUUAGAUGCCCAGAAACUUGAGAAACCUAUCACUUCUUAUUAGAAAAAUUACUCUAAAUUAGAUCUAUCAAAUCUAAAUUAUCUAAUCAAUCACUAUAUUUAAAAGUAUCAGAUCUAGAUAAAAAAAGAAAAGACUAUGGACCUCGGGCUUGGCUUUGAUGAUGAAGACCUUCAAGUACCACACAGGCCUUCCAAAAAGAACUGUGAGGGUCUGUGUUACACAGUGAAAAUAUACCAACCAGAGUGGUUUGAAUUAGCACUUGCUAAAAUUAAUGAAGAAAAUCAACAAUCUACAUUCAAGCUAGAGACUGACCAGGUGCCUCAUGUUUAUAAAAUGAGUGGGGACAUUCAUUACUUCAAACGGAAUUAUAAAAAAGCUUCAGAACAGUAUCUCACUGCUUUAGCAUUACUGCCAGAAAAUAAUGUUUGUGUGAGACAAGAUUUAAUAGAAUCCUUGUCCAGAAGUUAUAUGUAUCUUGGCAAGAUGGAUGAAAGUUAUGCACUUGCAAAAAAUCUGGUUGAAGAAAUGUCUACACUUGAUGAAGCUAGACAAAGACAGUCAUUGAUUUUGUUAAGUUUCAUUUGCAGCAGUUCUAGAAAGUGGGCAGAAUGUGUUGAUUGUCUUGAGAAGUUGUGCUACCUUCAACCCUACUAUGCACACAACUGGAGUCAGCUGGGGCACAGCUAUGAACAACUGUACAAUACUGAAAGCAAUUUCUGUGAUGAAAAUGUGACUCUUCAAUGUCAAAUAAAGACACUCACAUGCUACAUUAGAGCAAAGUUGUUACAUCAAUCUGUUCUGGGUACUGCUUCCUCUUUCAUCAGAAACAGAAACCUGGGAUUGAUACAACAGAUACAACAAAAAAUAGAUAGUAAUUCAUUGUCUCAGAUUUAUAAGAAUAUAGCCAUGGAGAGCAUGCAGGGUGAAAUAGAAAAUCAAUCAAAUGAAGUCUCAGACUCCAGUAAUAACUCUGUAUCAUCAGAAUCUCAAAACAUAUCUAGCUUGCAUACCAAUCCCAAGACAACACAGCAAGAUCUGUUUUUUCAAAAAUAUUUCUCUUGGCAUCCAGAGUUCAACAUGAGUAAAAAAUCAAUGUCAUCAAUAGAGGAUGAAAAAUGAUCAAUAAACCAAGAUGAAGUUGAUAACUGUAAAUAACUUUGACAAUACAUUUUAGUUUUGUUUUACACAAAUAAAUAUUUAUUGACUAAC